AUGGGAAAACCAAACAUGUACUUAGGAAUAAAAAUUCAGAGAGAUAGAUUAAAUAAAGCCAUGACCCUAACUCAGACAGAUUAUACAGAAAAGAUAUUAGAAAGAUUUAACAUGAAGGACUGCAAGGCACAGAAUUCUUCAAUGAUAACCAGACAAGCCAAAAGAAAAGAGAUUGAAUCUAAUUCAGAAAGACACGAAGACGGAGAGAUACCAUGCAGAGCACCAUACAGAGAAGCAAUAGGCAAUUUGCAAUACUUGUCAGCAAUGACAAGGCCAGAUAUUACUUAUGCUGUAAACUUUACGGCCAGAAAGCAAGCUGCACCCACAGAGAAUGACUGGAAAGAAGUCAAAAAGAUCUUUAGAUACCUGCAGAAAACUAAAGAAGUAGGGCUAAUAUACAGAAGAGGAGGAGACAAAUUAGAGGCAUUUACAGAUUCAAACUUCAGAGAGCAAACAGACUCUACCUCCACAGGUGGAUACAUAAUCAAAUUAUAUGGAAAUACAGUAGCGUGGAGAAGCUACAAACAAAUUAUGUAUCACUUUCCACCUGCCAAGCAGAAUAUCUGA